AUGACUUUGAUUCUUUUAAAUAUUUCAUUGCACGUGCUGAGUACUGCACCAAAAGCAAUGGAUUUCGAGCAAAGCAAAAUUUAUCACAAAGACGGGAGCAGAAUUCUCCCGCGGAGAAAAUUCAAAAGAACAGUAGGCACCAGGCAGCCGGUCACGGGACACAUCAACAAAGAGCAACUGACUCAACUGAAAGAAGCGUUCAAUCUCAUCGACCAAGAUCGUGACGGCGUUAUAAGCAAAGAUGAUCUACAGAAAAUCUUAAUUUCUCUCGGGCAGAAACCGACAGACAAGGAGGUCAGGGAGAUGCUGAACGAGGUACAAGGAAAUGUGGACUUUGCAAGAUUUCUGUCCAUGUUUGCUUCUAAGAUGGGUUCCGCAGACCCCGAAGAUCUAAUCCGAAACGCCUUUACAUGUUUUGACGAAGACUGCGAUGGAGUUUUAAAUUUCGACGAUUUCAAAGAACUCUUGAUGACGAUGGGUCUGAGGCUAACAGAGCAACAGGUAUCAAGGCAAUUCCCAAAAUUGAUCAGUUGGUGUAGUUAAUGCCUUCACUAAAAUUAAUUGGGUCUAUGUUUUUAUUUAUGUAUUUUUCCCGACUCAAGUACAAAGUUCUCAACUCAAUUCAGUAGACUCGAUUGGCCUCAAGAACGUAGCGAGAAAAAAAAAACCUCAGUCAACCAAAUUUGCUAAGUAUUCUGUCAUUGCCUAUAUUAUGGGGUUAAGCAAUAUUCCAGAAAAAAAUAUAAAAACGAAUGAUAAAUGGAAGAAGCGGUGAAUGACAUAUUUUACAAAGUGCCUUUCCCUUUAUCUACUUCAGAUAAUUUUUCUUUCAUAUUUGCCUUAAUUUUCUUUCCAAUCUUUGAAGGUUGAUGAAGUUUUCCUGCAAGGAGCUCUGACUGAUGAAGACGGGCGAUUUAACUGCGAAGACAUCGUGCGACUGUUAAAAUACGGAGAGGGUCUUAAGUGAGGAGGGGUGCAACAAUCUUUCCUCCGAAGCAUGCCAAUCUGUGUUCUAUGUAACCAGAUCGUUUCUAAGAAACGCAUACGAUUUAAGAAUGAUCAUAACAUUAAAAGAAAAAACAUGGC